CCAAGAAAGAACAUUCAAAAAUGGUUGCUACCGAAUCUCAUUUGCAGUAUAGUAAACAACAAGGUCUUACCAAUCAUUAUCAUUUCCGACUCCACUGUCCUCUAGCCAUGGAUACAGUGUUCAUAGCUUCUUAAUUAAUGGUAACUUGUCUCUUCUUCUUCUUCCUUUUGUUUCAAUUUAGUCCCCAUUUUAAUUGCGUCGUUCUAAAUUCCAAUUCACACAAUCAAACAAAACCCAUUAAAUAGUUUUUCAAAUUACCCACAAAUUCUGAUGCUUUUAAGUUGCUCAUUUUUUGCUACCAAAUUCCCAUUCAUCUUACAAACAGCAAGAACAUGUGCAAUUCACAAACCUAAUUGCACAAGUUACCAAAAUAACUCUUUAAUUUCUCUUGCUAAUUUUAGUAAAAGCCAGAGUCUUUCUUGUUCUUCAUCUUCCAUUAUGGAGGGCCCACAAAAUUUGGGAGUUUCUUGUCAAGAAUUUGAGAAGUAUGGUAAAGAAUUGGAUAUUGCUGUCAGAGCAGUUCAGAUGGCUUGUGAUCUUUGUCAGAAAGUUCAGGACAGGAUUGUGUCUGAAAGUAAUGGUCAUGUUCUUGCUAAGGAUGAUAAGUCUCCUGUUACUAUUGCAGAUUGGAGCGUCCAAGCCACUGUCAGCUGGAUACUAUCUCAGAACUUGGGUAGUAAGGAUGUCUCAAUCAUUGCUGAGGAAGAUACUCAUACUCUCUCCGAGAUUUCUUCAGCUGGCCUACUAGAAGCUGUAGUUCAAACUGUAAAUGAAUGCUUGGCUGACGCACCGCGCUUUGGCAUUAAAGCUCCAGAUAGGAACCUCAGCAAUUCAGAGGUUCUUGAAGCUGUUAGUCGAUGCAACUCAACCGGCGGUCCUACUGGACCAUUUUGGGCUCUUGACCCUGUUGAUGGAACACUGGGUUUUGUACGUGGAGAUCAAUAUGCUGUUGCUUUAGCAUUGAUAGACGAUGGGGAGGUUGUUCUUGGAGUUCUUGGUUGCCCAAAUUAUCCGAUGAGAAAAGAAUGGUUAAAUUAUCAUCAUCGCUAUCACCGAAUUAUAUCUAAGUUAACCCCAUCGACAUCUGAAUCUUGGGACAAAGGCUGUGUGAUUUAUGCAAGGAAAGGCAGUGGAAAGGCUUGGAUGCAACCGGUACUCCAAACACAUAAGAAGCUAGUGUGGCCAAAUUCUGCAAGGCCAGUUCAGGUAUCAUCCAUUGACAAUCCGGCAUUAGCUACGUUUUGUGAACCGGUUGAGAAGGCAAAUUCAAGCCACUCCUUCACGGCGGGGCUAGCUCACAGUGUUGGGCUUAGAACGCAACCAUUGCGCAUAUACAGCAUGGUGAAAUAUGCGGCCAUAGCUCGAGGAGAUGCUGAGAUAUUUAUGAAAUUUGCAGCAUCUGGGUACAAGGAGAAGAUUUGGGAUCACGCAGCCGGUGUUAUUAUCAUACAAGAGGCGGGCGGUGUGGUUACUGAUGCGGGAGGACGUCCCCUGGAUUUCUCGAAGGGCAUCUAUUUAGAAGGUCUUGAUAGAGGCAUAAUUGCUUGUUCUGGAGCCAAAUUACACGACAAAAUCAUUGAGGCUGUCGAUGCUAGCUGGAACUCCUCUAGUCUAUAAUGUUCUUGUCUAACAUCAAUAAGAGCAACAAGUUACUUAAAACACAAGGCAUAAGAAUAACAAGAACUAUAUUAGCCAAUCUUGUUACUGGCUUGUGGGGUUUCAGUUUAUGUAUAGCUAAAUAAAAACUUUGUUGUAAAGCAUAAUUUCUUCUGCAAAUCAAUGCUGCAGAAAAGCAAGUUAUUGUUCA